AUGGCCGCAGAAACAUCAUAUACAGACACCAUAAUACCCAUCUUUCUAAAGGCCAAUGUCCUCUCCUUCGGCACAUUCACUCUCAAGUCUGGCCGGACAUCACCCUACUUCUUCACCUCCUCCCUCCUGCAUACCUCGACUCUCUUGGGUGCUCUCGCCCGCGCAUAUGCCUCAGUACUGAGUGCCCCUCCGUUCUCCCUCCCACUUGGGACAGAAGAGGCUGGCUCCGAAGCAGACGGCUCCUUCUCGCCUCACUUCGACAUUCUUUUCGGUCCUGCUUACAAGGGCAUUCCACUAAGUGCAGUUGUGACUCGAGAGUUGGAGUUCAGCGGAAAACAAUUUGCCGAUGUAUCAUACUCAUUUAACAGGAAAGAAGCCAAAGACCACGGAGAAGGUGGACUUAUCGUGGGAGCACCUCUCAAGGGUAAGAGAGUAGUCAUCCUUGACGAUGUGAUGACCGCAGGCACUGCGUUACGCGAGUCUGUCUCAAUCAUCAAGGCGCAAGGUGGAACUGUGGUCGGUGUUGUACUCCUGCUCACAAGGCAAGAGCGGGUAAGCGAGACCGAGCCUCGGAGUGCUCAAAAGGUCGCAGAAGACGAGCUUGGUAUACCUGUCCGGGCUGUGGUGAAGUUCGAAGAUCUGAUCAAGGCUGUCGAAAAGGGUCUUGUGGAAGGGGCCGGUCCAGAACAAGUGCAGCAGAUGAAGGUAUACCGCGAAAAGUUCGGAGCCAAGGACUGA